CAUUGUUGUAGGGAAUUGACGUCGAUUUUCUGUGGUGCACAGUACCAGAAAAAGACAAGAUAGAAAUAGUUAAGAAGAACUGAAACAAAGGACUUCUGACCAAUCCUUGCAAGCCCAUACCCUUCUUGCGAAGCUCAAUGACAGCUUGAAUUAUUGGGUGAGUUGAAGUUUUUUUACUUGGUGAAGAUGACUCGGAAGAAAAUCCAGAUCAAGAAGAUAGACAACACAGCUGCAAGGCAAGUUACUUUCUCAAAGAGGAGAAGAGGGCUUUUCAAGAAAGCUUAUGAGCUCUCAACUCUAUGUGAUGCUGAGAUUGCGCUGAUGGUGUUUUCUGCAACUGGCAAGCUUUUUGAGUACUCAAACUCAAGCAUGGGGCAAGUGAUUGAAAGGCGCAAUCUGCAUCCAAAGAACAUCAACACGCUCGAUCAACCAUCUCUUGAGAAACAGCUUGAUGGUGGUGUGCAUGCCAUGCUGAUCAAAGAAAUAGCAAAGCAAAACCGUGAACUGAGACACAUGAGGGGAGAAGACCUCCAAGGAUUGGACUUGGAAGAACUACUGAAAUUAGAAAAAAUAAUCGAAGGAAGCUUGCGUCGCCUCGUGGAAGAGAAGGGGGAUAAAGUUAUAAAUGAGAUCGAUGUUCUCAAGAUCAAGGGGGAGCAAUUAGUAGAAGAGAACCAGCGAUUGAAGCAGCAAGUGAUGAGUUUGUUAGCAGGACAAGGGCAUUUGCUCGAACCAGGCCAGUCCUCAGAUUCUUUGGUGACCAAUAUCAGCAGUAUGGGCUCAGUUGAUCCUCGCCAGGACUGUGACAGCUCUUGUGCCUUUCUCAAACUAGGGCUAUCUCUUCCUGAUUGAAUCUGAGAGAUGGAGGGUCCUAGCAAGUGUUUAAUGCCUUAGCAGUCAUCCAUUUAACUUAAUGAAUGGUGUGUUACUAUUGCUUUCAAAUAAAAUUUCAUCUUGGCUUGUAGUUAAUAAAAAUCCUGUGAGCCCUUUUCGUGUCUGCUUGUUGAUUAUAGAAAUUUGUAGUGUGUGUGUGUGUGUGAACCAAGGCUUCUCUUGUUUCCUUAAAUUAGGAGGAAAUGAGUUGUAGCUAGUGGAAGGGGGAGUUGUAUCUGCCAUUUUAUGGUUUUGUAGCAGAUUUGGAU